AGCUGGGGAAGCAGAAAGGGGCGGGGCUUUGUCCCGAAACCUGUGGCUGCUGGCUGACGGAAGUGAGCUGGAGACUCGGAAAAGUUGUCUUAGGAAGUCUGGGGAAAAAGCGCUACCGGGUGAUGGCGGCAAAGGCUAAGGCAGAGGAGGUGCCGGUAGACGGCGCGGAGGAACAGCAGCCCCCUGCGGCGGCCGAGGAGCUGGCCGCCCAGAAGCGCGAACAGAGACUGCGCAAAUUCCGGGAGCUGCACCUGAAGUGGAAUGAAGCUCGAAAAUUAAAUCACCAGGAAGUUGUGGAGGAAGAUAAAAGACUUAAAUUACCUGCAAAUUGGGAAGCUAAGAAAGCUCAUUUGGAAUGGGAAUUGCAGGAAAAAGAAAAGAAAAAGUAAGAAUGUACAGCAAGAGGGGAAGACUAUAAGAAAGUGAAGUUGCUCGAGAUCAGUGCAGAAGAUGCAGAAAAAUGGGAGAGGAAAAAGAGGAGGAAAAACCCCAAUCUGGGAUUUUCAGAUUAUGCUGCUGCCCAAUUACACCAGUAUCAUAGGUUGACAAAGCAGAUCAGACCUGACAUGGAAACAUAUGAGAGACUGAGAGAAAAGCAUGGAGAGGAGUUCUACCCAACAUCUAACAGUCUUCUUCACGGAACACACGUGCCUUCCACAGAGGAAACUGAUAGGAUGGUCGUAGACUUGGAAAAGCAAAUUGAGAAACGAGACAAAUACAGCCGGAGACGUCCCUAUAAUGAUGAUGCAGAUAUCGACUACAUUAACGAAAGGAAUGCCAAAUUCAACAAGAAGGCAGAAAGAUUCUAUGGGAAAUACACAGCUGAAAUUAAACAGAACUUGGAAAGAGGAACAGCUGUCUAAUCCCUUCAGGAACUGUUCUGCCAAAUUGUACCAGUAAAUCAGGACUCUUUCCUUUUAUAAUUUGUAAAGACAUGUUCUACAAAUCUGUGUAUUUUCAUAUAUUUAUUAUUCAUUUGUUUUAGAAAAAUGUCUCGUAUUUCUGUGUUUGAAGUGUGUGCUUAAUGUGUGCACUCUGCUAGGCUUAAAAUCCUUAGAUACGAACACAAGUCAUCAUCAUGCUGAAAUCUGUCAUACAUUUGACUUGACCUGGAGUUGAACUUGGGAGCUUCAGAGGUGAGUUGCUAAAAUGGCACUAAUUCUUCUUAUAAGCUAUGGUAGGUAGUGAAAGGCAGGCAGUGGUCACUGGAAAUUCAACCUAAUCCCUCCCUGCUCCAAGAGGUCACAAUUAGCAGGUGCUUGCCUGUCCCAUGUUGUAUCCCAUGGCCCAGGUGCAUUUAUGGGGCAAGCAUAGAGGGUGGGAGACUGAUUCUCCAGUAGCAUUUUACAAAUAUGCCAUCCUUCAAAAAGCAAAUAUCCCUUGGAAGAAGGUAAGUUAAAACACUUGGUGAAAAUAUUAUUAAAAUACACAUAAUACAAUCUUUUUUUUUAAAGGCUAACUGGAAUUCUAACCUUAUUUCAACUGUAACUAAAAAAUUAGGACAUGCGAUUUUAGUAGUAAUUAUGGGAAACAGAGGAUAGAAAACCUGAAGUCAGGAGUAUCCCAUGAAAGUGAAGAUUGUGCCAUGUUACGUGAAUAAAAACAUGCCUAGGCUUGAGAUCAGUAUAAGAUGGGCACACUUAUUGAUCAACGAGUAGGAAGCUCCGAUUUAGCUAAUGACGGGUUUAUAAAGAUGGUAAUAUAAAUGCUAAUAAUAAAGGUAUAUUCAGUGUACUGUGAAUAGCGAAAUUUUAACAUUGUGGUACAGUCAUACAACUACAGAAUGAGACAGAUCUAACAUGAAAAGAUGCUCUUACCUAUAUAAAGAGGUUUGUACAGGCAUAGAAAUAAAAUCCAGGAUGUGCACCAUACUAUUUACAGUGAUUGCUGCUGGGAAUGGGAACAGAUGUGGUAAUUUUACUUAUUUUUUAAAAUAAUUUGACACAAAUACACACCCAUGCUGCCCAAUCUUAUCAAGAGUAAUAACAUGCCAGUAGUUUUUUUCUUCUCCUGUAUUUUCAAAGAAACAUUUAAUAAUACCUUUCUACUAAGGGAAAAGGAGGGGAAGGAAAAAUUAAUAGGUCUUCAAAGACAUCAUACUGACUUGGGCUUAAAGGACAAAUAGGAUUUCCCCAGAGGAGAAAAGUGCUCCCAAUAGCCAACCAAAAAAACAGAUGUCAGUAUGAUCUGACGACUACUCUGAAGGUGACUAGGUGGAUGGUAAAAGCCACUAAUUCAAACAGGCAAUACUGUAAUUAGCCCAGUAUGGGAAAGGUUCAUUUUGAAGAGCUGAGGCAAGCUUUGGAAACUAGAGUUCAGAAAUUGAUACUCUUCAGUUAGUAGAUGGUAGUUAAAGACAGAGUAGAGGAAAUUAGCAAAAGAGCUUGUAGAGGGAGUAGGCUAAGGAUAGAAUCCUAACAGUGGGCAAAGGACAAAAAGCCACUGUAGAUAAUGGAAGAGGUCAAAGAAAAGAAGACAAAUGCAUGGAAAUCUCUGCCUGAAUGACAGAAAAAUUUGAGAAAGGACUCCGUGAAGAAAUAGUGAAAAGUGAGCCCGCAUAAGAACAAGUUUUAUUUUGCUAGGUAAGCUUAAUAAGUGCUUCAGCAAAGAAAGCCAAAGGACAGCAUGCUGUGGUUGGUUCAGUAAUCAUGGCUUCUCUAGAAAAAAAGCAAAGCAUUACACACCUGAACCUACGAUCUAGGGCUGUGCUUUCCAAAAUGGUAGCCACCCACCAUAUGUCACUAGUGAUCAUCUGAAAUGUGACUAGGGCAAAUUGAGGUGUGCUUUAAGUGUAAAGUACACACUGAAUCACAACACCUACCCAAAAAAAGUAAAAUACCACUUUUCUACAUUAUAUGUUUAAAUAUUUUAACAUCUACUGGGGUAAAAAACGAAUUCACCUUUUUACUUUUCAUUGAAGCUCUCCUUUCUAUUGGACAGCACUAAAUCUAGUCUCUUGGUACAAUUUCUCACUAUCAGCGCCUGUUUGCUAUAUUGUCCACAGGUUAUGUAAUGACGUGGUAUCACACCUGGGCAACUGCAUCCCACUUAUGUAAUGACAGGCAGUCUGGGAAUAUGCACAACGAGUUAUCUUCUGUGUUACAAAGCCUAGGAGAGACUGAGCACAGUUGUCCUGGCCACACACAAACGACAAGGUCAGGUUAGACAAGGACUGACAGGACUUCAUGGGGUUAUUAUGAAAAAAAAAUGGAGAAAGUGUACAUUCUUUUCAGGAUACUGGGUAGUAAAAAGAAAAUGAACUAAUAAAGGGAAAAUAGGCAAGUCUCAAGGCUGAAGGAAAAGACCACUGUAGAAGUGAAAUCUCAGAAGUGGCACAUAUCCAUAGCAACUAGCCAAACCUCUUACAUAAGGUCAUAAUCAAAGCAGGUGCUUUUCUGUUACCAGCUAAGUGAAGGUGAAAAUGAUCUUAGCAUUAUGUCCUCAAUUCAUUGCAAAAGUCUCCCUUACAAGGAAAUCCUUGAGUUCUAUAGCUUUACUAUAGGAAUAGAAAUUAUAUGUCCAGGAAUGUAUAUAUCCAAGUCUAAAUUUGUACAUUUAAAUUUUUCAUAGGGUCAAAUUUAAGAGCAGCUCUUAUCCAAUACAAUGUUCUACCACAGAAGUAUUCUAUUAUCUGCACUUUCCAGUAAGUGGUUACUUAAAAUUCAGUUCCUCAGUCAUACUAGCCAACUUCUCAAGUGGUCAAUAGCCACAGUGGCUGGUGGCUGUCUUCAUGGGAAAUGCAGGUAAAAUACUGGACAGCACAGCUUUAGUUAAUACAGUAUUACAUUGCACUUGAGGAUUCUUCACCAUCUUUUUAAAGUCAACUUCUACUUAAAAAUUUAGGACUUAAGCCUGCUCAUCUAUUGUCUAAUUUCUGGGUGUUUGUCUUUUCCCAGGUUUUUUGUCUUGCCUCUAAUAUUCUCCUCAUCCUAUUCUCUAACUUGUUAUCCCUGCCUAUUGGAAGUCUAUUUCAUUUUUUCCCAAACUAAAAGUCUGUUCAAAAUUAGGGCAAGAUUCCAAGGAGUAGAAAAGAGAAACAUUCAAGCAAUCAAUAGUACCCACCCCCAUCACUAAAAUAAAACCUCAUGCAUGUUUUUGAUCUACUAGGAUUUUUAUUUUUUGCUUAGGUUCUAGCAAGACAUGUUUUGUUGCUAAAGCCUAGCACACAGGCAAAAUAAAUUCAUUAAGCUGGCAUUUUAUGUUUAAUCCAAACAUUUGAUUAAGUCAAAUUAACACUUGGAGAGACCAUCUAAAACUGGCUUAAAUCCUCCUAGUUUUGGUAUCCACUAGAAUGUAUUAACAGGCAAAACCACAAAAAUCCAUAAUCAGCUAACGUUUAAACCAACUGCCCAGACCUUUCAGUUAAGUGUAACAUUCAUCUCUAAAUUUUUAUGUGCUUAGUUAAGGUCUUUCCCAGCUACAGUAAGAAGCAACGAAGAAUUUCAAAUCAAUAAAUACUUUUUAAAAUAUAAUAAGAAAAAAAUGCAACGAAACCUCUGAUUUUAUAACCCAGUGAGGCAUUCUGUUUCAACCCCUCUCUGGCUGAGUUUCCUGCCGUGAAGCUCAAUUCUUCCAGGAUAACACUAUGCCAGUAUUCUUUUAAGUCUUAGGCCAAACUUCCCAAAUUUUAAUGAGUAUCUACAUCAACCGGGAGUACUUUACAUAUCAGCUUCUAAUUCAGUUCUGGGGUA